AUGGAGCAGAAGGCCCAAGGGCUGAGCCACUGGCCGGCAGCUCAGCACCAGUUCUCAGAGGAUACUGAGAAGUCAAUGUGCGUCUUGGACAUAGAUCUAUCUCCCGGAAACAGUGGAGUGCACACCUCUUGGAACCAUGACCCAUCAGGCAUUCAACAUUUCCCUCAGUGCCCACAGCUGGAGAAUGUCCCCUUGGUCCCUGCUGAGGCACCCAGGCAGAAUGCAAGUGAAGUGGGGCCCCAGUUCAGUGUGUUGCUGCCUGAGCAUGGCGUGAACUACUGCCCCCAAAUAACUCUCACUGCUCCCCAGAUGAUUUGCUAUCAGGGAAUGUCUUCCUCUCAGCCAGGAAUGAUUUUCAAGGGGCACCAGAUGAUGCCCUUAGGAGAGCCCGAUAUAUCAGGGAUGGCCAUGACCUUCAGUGGGAUGCCCCCCAAUGAGCCUCCCGUCUCAGCUCCCACUGGAAUCCCAAUGACGUCCCACAUCAGUGCACCAACAACGCCUUACUCGGGCCCUCCAACCGUAUCUGCUAACAGAGACUCUUUAACACCUAAAAUGUUAUUGGCCCCAAGCAUGCCUUCCACUGAGAGCCAGGCAAUGCUCCCCUCUUUGGCUCAGAUACUGUCUCCUAGAGAUCUCCACAACUAUGGAAUUCCCCCAGCUGGGUCCCCAUCAUUGCUGGCUUUAGAAUCCUCGGACUCUUUUGUGAGCCAGCCAGCCUCCCAGGAAGACCUCUUCCUACCCAAGCAGCACAUACCUGCUCCACGUAGAGCAGAGCAGAACUCCAAGGCCCAGGAAAGGGCUUCUGAGAGGAGGUCCCCAGUUUUAAGGCCUUACUGCUGCCAGUAUGAGGACUGUAGAAAAGCUUAUACUAAGCGCUCUCACCUCGUGAGUCACCAACGCAAACACACAGGUGAGAGGCCCUAUAAAUGCAAGUGGGAAGGCUGCACGUGGUCUUUCUUCCGUUCCGAUGAGCUUGGACGACAUACGCGGAUACACACCAGAUACCGACCCCAUAAAUGUGAUCAGUGCAGCCGACAGUUUAUGAGAUCUGACCAUCUCAGGCAACACCAAAGGACUCAUUUACGGGCGUCAGGAUCCCCUGACAUACAGGCCAUCGAUGGACAGAUAGCUGGUCCUCCUGCUCCUGGUCUUUAG